AUGGCUGACGAAGGUACGGUUACAGUCUACAACAGCAGUGCCAUCACCGACGCCAAGAAGAACUUAUUUUCAAGCAAGGUCGGUCUAGCCCAAAUGCUCAGAGGUGGAGCGAUUGUCGAAGUCACGAGUGCCGAACAAGCCAAGAUCGCCGAGUCUGCCGGAGCUUGCUGCAUCGUCGUAACAGAGCAAGUCCAAGGUGGUAUUUCGCGAAUGCCGGAUCCAGCUCUCAUCAAAGAAAUCAAAAGAUCCGUCUCAAUUCCCUUAAUGGCGAAAGUCCGAGUUGGGCAUUUCGUUGAAUCCCAAAUUCUCGAAGCCAUCGGUGUUGAUUACGUCGAUGAGAGCGAGCUUCUUGCCAUUGCUGAUGAAGAUCAUUUCAUCAAUAAACAUAAUUUACGGGUCCCAUUCGUUUGUGGGUGUCGAGAUCUUGGAGAGGCCUUGCGGAGAGUGAGAGAAGGAGCCGCUAUGAUAAGGACUCAAGGAGAUCUAUUGGGUACAGGCAACAUAGUGGAGACGGUUCGCAAUGUGAGGAAAGUAAUGGCGGAUAUAAGGAUUUUGAAUAACAUGGAUGAAGAUGAAGUGUUUGCGUUUUCGAAGAAGAUAGCAGCGCCUUACGAUCUUGUCGCUCAAACCAAGCAAAUGGGUAGGCUUCCAGUAGUCCAUUUUGCUGCGGGAGGGGUUAUGACGCCAGCAGAUGCGGCAAUUAUGAUGCAAUUGGGGUGCGAUGGAGUGUUUGUUGGAUCGGAAAAUUUCAAUAGUUCGGAUCCUUAUAAGAGAGCUCAUGCAAUUGUGCAGGCUGUUAGAAACUAUAAUGAUCCACAUGCGUUGGCGGAGAUGAGCAGCGGGUUGGAGUAUGCCAUGGCGGGCCUUAAUCUCAGUGAGGACAGGGUCGAACAGUUUGGUACUGGAGGUACCAAUUGA